GUUGCUGGGGGGCGGCGCCGGGCUCGAGCUCGACCCAGUUUGAAAGUGAACCAACGUCUCCAGUCGCCGCUUCAGCCACCAAACAACAACAAGAACCCGUGAACCCCCAAAAACCCGAAACCCGACCCAAAGUCUGCUCCGGCCCUCCUGACGAGCGCCACUAUGAUGCGUAAAGACGUCAACAAGCCGAAGGGGAAGACGUCGGCGUACGCCUUCUUCGUCCAGACGUGUAGAGAGGAACACCGGAAGAAGCACCCCGAGCAGUCCGUCAACUUCGCCGAGUUCUCCAAGAAAUGCUCCGAGAGAUGGAAGGGUCUGUCUGCCAGCGAUAAGAAGUGUUUCGAGGACAUGGCGAAGGCCGACAAGGUGCGUUACAACAGGGAGAUGAGAGACUACAUCCCGCCCAAGGGCUUCGGAAAGAGGGGCCGCAAGAGGAAAGACCCCAACGCACCCAAAAGACCCCCGUCUGCGUUCUUCGUGUUCUGCAGCGAGUACCGUCCCAGCGUGAAGCAGCAGUACCCUGGUCUGUCUAUAGGAGACUGUGCCAAGAAGCUGGGAGAGAUGUGGAGCAAACUGUCCCAGUCUGAGAAGCUGCCCUACGAGGAGAAGGCCCAGAAACUACGAGAGAAAUACGACCGGGACAUGGUGGCGUACCGCGGCGGCGGCACGUACGCCAGGAACCCCGGCUCUUCAGCUCAGGGAGGGGAGGAAGAGGAGGACGACGAAGGAGAGGACGAAGACGAGGAGGACGACGACGACGAGUAGAAGACGAGCUGCAGCUGGAUGAGAGGGAGAGACUGAAUGUGUUAGAGAGAGAGAGACAGGUAGGUGUGUGUGUUUCAGAGGUAGGACAGUGUUGAGGUGCAGGUGAGGGCCUGUGACAGCUGAUUGGACAAGAGCAGGCAGUGGGCGGAGCUUCACAGCAGAAACAAAGUAAAGGGAGACGUGGUGACAGCUGACUGAAAGCAGGUCUGAGGUCAGGUGAGCUUUCAGUAAGAUGUUUUCUUUCCUCCAGUUGGAUCAGUUGAGUCAAACCUCACCUGGUCGUGUUUGUGCAGGUGAAGCUACAUCACCAGUCACAUGUUACUGACCCCACCGAAGAUCAACUGGAACUCAGGUGUCGCCGUCCGACGUGGAGUCCAGAUCAGUUCAGGAUCAGACAGAAGGUCAGUGAAGACGUCUGGAAGACCUCAGCUAGGAACUUCAGCCGCUGUCUGCCCGAGGUCAGGGGUCAUUAGAGGUCGUCCGAGGUCAGGGUCGUCUGUCAGUAGCCAGGACGGCAGUGUUUUUCUUCCAUACACGAUUCCGUGUAGAAAAUCAUGUUAUAUUAGUCGAUCAGUUGAUGAACAGAAAGUUGAUCAGCAGCUGUUUCUGUCAUUGAAGAAUACUUUUAAGUUUCCAGCUUCUCAAAUGUGAGAAGCUGAAAUAAAUCAAUAAAUAAUGAUUGUUGGUCAAACACAACAAGACGUCACUUGUAUUUCUAACUUAUUGAUUAGUUGAAAGGAGCAGUGAGAGUGGUCGUUAGCAGCGUGUUGCUGGUCUGAGCUGUUGGACCAGUUCAGGACCAAGCAGACUGGUUUUAUACCAGUUCAAGCUGCUCACCAGUAGCUGUGCUGGGUAACAGGAAGGGUUUCUGAUGGUCAAGGUCUCCUGAUGAGGAUCCAGGUCUGCAGAUGAGGGUCUACAUCUACAGAUAAGGGUCCAGUUACUGGUCAGGGUCAAGGUCUCCUGAUGAGGAACCAGCUAAUGAUGAGGUUCCAGGUCUCCUGUUGAAGGUACACGUCUCUGCCACAUUCAGCUGUAACCAGGUCAUGUGACAGAGCAGACAGUCCUCAGCCCGACCUCGUCGCCCAUCAGACAGGCAGAGAGAGAGAGAGACAGGUCGCUCUGAAGCACACACACAGGACCACAGAGUGUGUGCGUGUUACUGUGUGUUGUAUGUGUGUGUGCGUGCGUGCAUGUGUGUGUGGUCAUCAGAUGUUAAACUGUCCGGCACCAGAGGAUAGUAAAGUAACCCCCCCCUCCUCCACCCAACCCACACUUUUACCAUGGUUACCCUGCACCCUCCCUAAGCCCCAUCUCCACCAUCACCUCUGUGUGUUACCAUGGAAACCUGACCCCCACCUCCUGCUCUUCAUCAUGUUGUUUUUUUAUUUUCUUACUGGAGGUUUAUGGACUGUUUCUGUUCCUUGUUCACUGUCAGAGUAGAAACUUUUAUAAUAAAACGACCACCUGAGGGAAACUUA